GCGGCCGCCGCAGCGAGCGGGGCUGUUCGGCGCGCGCCUGCUCCCCGUGCCCUCCCCUCAGCCGGCUCAGCCGCGCGUGCUUGCGCUCGCAUAUGGCCGCGGGGUAGUGCCAUGCGGAGUGCGGCUCCGACAUGAAGUGCGUGGCGUGGCUGGCCCUCCUGGCCGUGGCGCGCUACGGCGCCGGGGAGCGCGCCGAGGACGCCGGCGUGGAGGAGGUCCUCAUCAGCCCUUACCAGGUCCUGGUGCGCGCGACGGCCUCGCCCGCGCCGGCGAUCAGGCACCACCACCGGCACGGCGCCAGGGCGGGGCGCCGGGCCCGCCACCGCACCGGCCUCCACGGCCACCACGGCGCGCAGCACGGCCUCGGCCUGUGGGACUUGGAGCAGCUGCAGCAGGACGCGGGCGCCGGCGCCAGGGUGCUGACGACGCGCAGCGUCAAGCAGGAGGACGUGACGAUGCACCCCAUCGUGUCCGAGGCCAAGUCGGUGCUGAUGGAGAUCGAACACGCUCUGAGUAAAAGCGGGCGCCGCCUGCCGGGGCCGGGCGGCCUAUCGGCCUCUACCGCGCGGCCCGAGUCGCUCAUCGGCCCCUGGGACAUGAGCCGCACCGUGCAGCAGCUGCGCCGCGCGCAGGGCCGGGACCUCAACAAGGUGGGGGUGGUGGCCACCUCGCCGGCCUCGGCUAACAUCGAGGCGGCCAAGUUGUCGGGGCUGUGGGACGAGGACGCGGACGGGAUCGUGCUGAUUCGAGAGGACGAUGAUGUCACCCUCAGCCCCGAGGACAACGACGUGCCGGUGCUAGUGCUGGAGGAGGAGGACGGUGAUGGGGGCGCACGCCUCGGCAAACACGACGAUCACUUCACGCUGGACGGUGCGCCGGAGGCGACGCAGGGCUCUCAGGACGACUUCCAGGACACGGUGGACUCCGUCCAGGAUACAACGCAGGAAGGUGUGAUGGAAGUGGAGGACUUCGAGAUGCCCAAGAAGGGCCACGUGGACAUCGUGACCCGGUUCCUGCGCAUCGUCGAAUCGCAGCACCUGCUCGGCGAGAACUGCACCGCGGGCACCGAUCUCAACCUUGGCGAGGGCGUGGUGGACCGCUACGCGCAGGAGCGUUUCCGCGUGGAGGCGGACGUGGCGGUGAAUCGUGCCAACAUGCUGACCCGCCUGUGGAAGUACGCGGGCGCCGAGGUCAUGCACUCGGAGUACCUGCUGCACGCCGCCGUGUUCGCCAUGGUCGAGUUCGACGACGACAUCUUCGCGGCGGGCAACUGCUACGACGCCUACCAGUACAAGGACUACUGGCUCUUCUGCCCGUUCGCCUACCGCCUGCCCGAGGGCCCCAUCCUGGUCAAGGACCUCGCCGUCGAGUACAAGUACCUGGGCAACAAGUCUGAGUGGUUCUACGUGGCGAGGAAGAACGCGGAACGGGUCAUCCACAACUACAACCAGUUCAGCAGAGGCUACAACACGUACACGUACAACUCGACGGCGCACACGGAGCGCUACCCGGAUGAGAUCCUGAGCGUGACGUACGAGGACGGCAAGUGGAGCAAGCCCUACUACGACUGCGGAGGCGGCAAUAUCUGGAUGCUGACCUACACCGUGCCCUUCUUCGGCUUCGCCAACGGCUCCUAUUUUUUCAAGGGCACGAGCGGCAUCGACAUCGACUUGCGGCGCGUCGACAUCGACCAGUGCCCGCUGCCGGAAGGCUCCACGCAGCUCAACAUCUUCGCCGCCUCCGACAAGUGCAAGAAGAGGACAACCGAGUGCGUGCCCAUCGCGGGGCUGGGCUUUCGCCGCGGCUCCUACCUGUGCGUCUGCAAGCCGGGCUUCUACUUCCCGGACACGCGCGGCACCCAGCGCGCCUUCAACGGCAGCCACAUCGAGGAAGAGUACGAGAAACUCAUCAUGGGCGCGGAGUCGGCCUACACCCGGUCGGGCGCAUUCGAGUGCCUCAAGUGCGCCGAGGGCUGCGAGGUGUGCGAGGACAACCGGCCGUGCGUCGUGUCGCUCAACUGGGCCAUGCGCACCGCCCUGCUCGUCAUCGUGUGCGUCAUCAUCCUGUGCCUGCCGGCCGUCGUCGUCUUCACCUGGAAGUACGGCCACGUCAAGGUUGUCCGCGCGGCAAGCCCUGUCCUGCUGCGGGUGAUCGCGCUUGGCGCCUUCUUCAUCUACUGCACGGUGAUGGAGGUGGCGUUUCUAGCGUGGGGAGUGCGCCUGUGCAUCGUGGUGCGCAAGGCGCCGUCCGAGUUCAACGAGAGCCGCUUCAUCUCCAUGGCCAUCUACAACGAGUUCCUCCUCUCCGUCUUCCUCAACGUCUCCAUGUUGUUCCUACAGUCUCCGGCUAAUCCGGAUUUACUGUUCGUCAUCUUCUUCUGCCACACGCAGCUCACCAUCACCCUUCUCCUCGGGCUCAUUUUCGGCAGCAAAGCGUACCUUGUGUUUCGGGACCGCGGGCGGCUCGAGGAGGCGCCCUCCAUGCCCAAGGCGCCCACCACCAAGUUCCUCCGCUCCACCAACUCGCACUACGCGACGCAGCCCACGCCCGCCUCGUCCAACUGCAACGCGCAGCAGAACGACGUCGGCGUGCAGGAAGAGUUCUCGCGCCUCAAGUCGGCCCUGGACGCGCUCCGGGACCGCAGCGUGUGCCGCGGGGACCGCAUCCUGGCGGCGCGCAUCGGCGCCAUGCUGGAGUGCGCCGGCCCGGGCCAGCACCGCGCACUCAAGGAGUCCGAGGAGGACGCGGCCAAGGCCAAGGAGGACGCGGCCAAGGCCAAGGAGGACGAGGCGCGGCGCGCCGUGGAGAUGGCGCUGGCCGCGGUGGCGCAGCGGGCCGAGGCCAAGCCCAAGCUCGCCACGCCCACCGAGGCCUCGGCGCCCCAGUCUGACGGCGAGCUCAUGCAGGUGAGGACGACCCCGGUCGCGGCCCUGUCCCCAGAGGCCUCUUCGGGCCCCUCCCCAGGGCUGUCGUCCAUGUCGACGCCCUGCCCGGGGUCGGUGGCGGGCCGCGUGGACGUGGCCACGUCCCCCGAGCGGGGUCUCAACUCGUCAGAGGAGGAGGACGAUGACGAGGACUUCGACUACGACGAGGAGGACGACGGUGACGCGGACAGCCGACGGCCCGCGCCGCCCCUCACGCUCAAGGAGCUGCGAGCCGUGCGGCGCAGCUUCAAGAGGGCGGCGGCCGCGGCUGCUUCCUCGACGGCGUCCACGGCCUCGACGUGCGGCGGAUCGAGCGUGGGUAGCCCGGGAGGUCCCUGCAACGGGGAGCCGCGGCACAAUCACCGUCACCACCACCACCACCAUCAUCACCACCACCACCAUCACCACCGCAAGCACCACCAGAGGCACAAACAGGUGACACAAGCCAGGAGCAGGUCCUUCGAGGACACCGCGGUGCCUCCGCGGCUACCGCACUCGGUGCAGCCCCCGAGCAGGUGCUGUGCAGGGGCCACGGGCGCCGCGGGUCCUGCGAACCAUGGCGACCACUUCGGAGGCCCCUGUCGAGGACACGGCCGGAGCGCCUCCUGCCCCUCCUCGGAUUCCAGUCCCAAUGGCGUCUUCUCAGCGCCCCUCGUCCUGGACAUGGACGACAAGAACAGGUUUACGGAGGAGGUGGCCGUAUGAGAACGGCCUCGCUGUUAGGAAUGCUUUUGCAGUUGCUACAACUUCUCUCUGUGAUAGUGUAUUUCUAACAGUGCUGAACGUUACUUUUUUCUUGGCGUGUGCAUGCGGUCCUCUGUGUUUUGCGCGUGCGUGGUGUGAGUGCGUGUGUGUGUGUGUGUGUGUGUGUGUUUGUGAGAGAGAGAAAGAGAGAGAGAGAGAGAGAGAGAGAGAGAGAGAGAGACGUAACUAAGAUGCAUAAGGGGUUAGUGGUUGAAGGUAUACUAGUGGUACUCUAUGUACUCUAUGGAGAUGAUUGAUUACUGUUUUCGUCAAUGAACUAGGUUAUUCUUGCUAUGGCAAACAUAUCAGUAACCAUUUGUUUCGAUUUAUUAUCCCUCAUAUCAAGUGCUAUUUGAAAACAACUCAUAUCAAAAAUACUCAUAAUAAGAGUUCCUAUAUCUAGGACAGCAUCAAAUAUAGAAGAAGAUUGGUUUUAAUCAAUGUCCUGGUUUCAUUGCUUUAUUUGGGCCCUAUAUCACUUUUUUAAAAGACCUUGUUUAUUGUGCUAACAGAAUCAGAUCAGUGACCAGCUUCCACAAAACCUGCAAGAUACCAAUGUGCCAAUGAAUGGGUACUAUAAAAGUCCCAUGUAAAGAGUAAUGGAUAGGGAGACAUAGUUUAUGAACCAUCUGUGAUAACGCCACAUAAUCUUAUCUUAAUUUUAGUUUUGGUGCCAAAUGAGUAUUUGGAAAGAUUGUCUGUUAAGCCACGAAGACUUGUUACACAAUGAGCCCCUGUUGCAAGGCUUCCUGGUACCUCUUCACGCAUGGUCUCCAGGCAAAUAUUCUCCUUUGAAAUACAGUUUUAAACUCAUUUAAGCCCCUCGUCCCAGUGAAAAAUGUCAUCUAAUCGACGUUGAAUCUCUGGCAAAUCGUCGGCUCGACAAAAAACAUUUAUUUCGAUUUCGACUUUGGACUCGUCACUGGGCCGGACACUUGUUGUUCGGUUCAAAAUCACUCAGAUUUAAUUGAAUGUUGAGAUUUCUGUUCAACUAGUGUUGGCUGAGUUGAGUUUGCGGCUGUAUUUUCUGAAGUAACAUAAUCAAAUGACUUGUGGCUGUAUUUCUGUCUAAAAUUCGAGUGUAUCAAAAUACUCUGGCAUGUACUUUAUUUUCCUGUUUGGCUAUAUGAUAAUGAUGUUAUUGUGAUUAUGUUAGACUCCGAUAUGUGCAUUCUGAUGGAAUGUUGCAAUGAGGCAUGGGCAAAUCUAUCAAUGUAACCUAAGUGAUCAACAUGGGUAAAAAGAUGCACGUGGACAAUGUUACUGUUUAAUGGAAUUAUUGCUGUGAGUGUAAAUAAUCUACAAAGCAAAUUUCACCAUAGUAAAGUAGUAUCAUAAAUUGAUUAAAAGUUAUAUCUUUGUCCAUUGAUUGUAGAGUAUGAAUGAUAUCUUAUUUAUAGGAACUGACACAGGGUGAUAUUUUUCUUCUGGUACUAAGAUGCUGAUAACUUACCUCCUUACUGAACUUGCACUGCAUUUCUUGGCAAGCCUCAGGCCUGUUUUUCUAGUGUGGAAAUUUUUGCAUUGUUCCCCUUACUAUGUUCUUUAUUAUGUGCUGCAAUGACCUACAGGCACGAAUUUUUGUAACGACAACAAUAAAGUCAGGACAUAUCCUUCUGGGACAUUUUAUUUUGGUUUCAGAAGCAUUAAUUUAAAAUAAGCAAUAAAGUGUGACUGUCUCGCUGACAUGCUUGAGACUGCUGAUGUUUUGAGUGCCAUGCGAAUCUUCUGUCCUUGCUCAAGACGCACAUGUGUAUCAUAUUAAAAAUAAAUCAAUCUGUUGGAAUUUCA